UCCUGCAUACAAACUUACAUAGAGACCCCCUCUCUCUCUCUCUGCCCCCGUGUCCCACACUGGCACACCGCCACCCAAACACCGUCCCCGAUCACCCUCACCCCCUCCUCCCUAGCUGCGAUCACUAAGUGCAGUUCUUUCGACUGAACUGUCGGCUAUAAAACACAACAAAUCAUAAAGUGCAGGCUCGGGAAGGCAGAAGAAGAAGGACGGGAGGGAAAACCGGUAGCCGUUAGCGUCUCUCUACUCCUCCUUCUUUUCCAUCGUGGUGCUUGUUAUUGUGUUUGUUCCAGUCCCUUUCCUCCCCUCUGCUCCUCUUCGUCGCCCCUCUCGUCCUUUCACUUCUACUUCCUCAUCAUGAGCUCCUAUUUUGUCAACUCCUCUUUCCCUGUGACGAUACCGGGAACGGGUGGCGGCGGACAAGCGGCGGCAGCGGAGUCUUUUUUAGGGCAGAUUCCUCUUUACUCGUCGGGAUACUCCGCCGACCACCCGCUCCGUCACUACCCAGGGGCCGCGGCCGUCACGGCUGCCGCCGCCGCCGCGGUCGCUUACGGCGCGAACAGCAGCGGUGUGCACCAUGACAAAUCCUACCCAGGAUCCCCGUACUACCAGCAAGCGGCGACCGCUGCCUAUGCAGGAAACCGGGCAGGGGUUGGGGGCUCGGCCGGAGCCUGCGACUACGCUGCGGCGGCGAGCAGCUUCUACCGCGACAAGGAACACCCGUGUCUGGAGGAACACCAGCUCGCCCUCAGCCAGGAAGGCAUGCACCGUAAGGCUGAGUGUGCGGGUCUGAGUGGCAAGGCGCUGUUCGGCGAUCCCUUGGACGACAAACCUGCCUCAACUCCGAUCUACCCGUGGAUGCAGCGGAUGAACGCGUGUAACGGAACAUUUGGGUCUCCCGGGAGACGUGGACGACAGACUUAUACCCGGUAUCAGACCCUGGAACUGGAAAAGGAGUUCCACUUCAACCGGUACCUGACGCGGCGGCGUCGAAUCGAGAUCGCACACGCACUUUGCCUGACAGAGCGACAGAUCAAGAUCUGGUUCCAGAACCGCAGGAUGAAGUGGAAGAAGGAGAGUAAGCUUAUCAACUCCUCAUCUUCGUCCUCGUCUUCUUCCUCCACAGUGAACGGCGGAGAAGAGGAGGAAAAACGGACGGAGUGAACGUUUAAGCUUUAAAAAUGAAAGUGAGGAAGCGAGGAAAGUUGCUGUUCUCCUCCAUACCUUGCCACACCAUCCCCAUAGACGCUUCUGCGAAUUCUGAAAGACUUUUGACUGAAAAUUCUUUGGUAUUUUCACUUCAGAAAAUGACUCAAUUGCCUCAAAAGAUUUGAAGAAGGCUGCCCUGGAAAAGACAAAAUAAGGACGGUCGCUACAAUAGUUGGUCACGCGCGGAAAACUCCCAGCCACUGAAAAUGUACAAAACAAUUCCCUCUUGGUUACAUUCCAAGCAAACUACCUAAUUUUUACUUUAUUUUUAUUUUUGCUGUCAGUGAAGCACUUGUUCUCUUUAGAAACCCCCCAGUUGCCCCACACCCGUUAAUUCGUAAAGGUGUUUCGUCUAUUCUAGUUACCGUCUUUCGCAGCAGGAAAGACCUAUAUAUUUUAGAUAACAAUGUUUGUCCAAUCGUCUUCAUAUUUAAAGUGUACAGAAAGAAAAGGAGCAAAUACUUAUAGGCCUCCUUUGUAAGGGUUUUACUUAAACUGCUGAGGGAAACUACCUUAAGCGUUCAGGAGUGUUUUGCAUUGUUUAAUGCUCGUGUCUGUCACAUCAACGUAU